AUGAUCUUUCCCGCAGGGGGCGGGCGGCAUGGCAUCACGCACUUCAUGCUUCAGGGGUCGUGGUGCACGCCGCAGCAGAUAUGGAACGACGCCUCCGACGAUCCGGCGGUGUGGGACGUCCUGGAGGAGAAGUGCCUCAUCGCGGAGCCCAACGGCUGCGGGGGCAGCUGGAACCCCAUCACUUAUCCAGCGGAUCUGUUUUGGGUAGCCUACACUGUCGUGACUCUCGUCAUGAUGUUGAACGUCGUGGUCGCGGUGAUCCUCGAAGGUUACGAGGAGGGGCGCCAGACGCACGAGGAUGAUAACCUCGACGUGUGCGUAGACAUCUGGAAGAAGCACGAUCCAAAUUGCACGAUGAAGAUCCCGCUCGGAGAGGCCAUGCUGUUCAUCAAUGAG